AAGGAAGCCGUUAAAUACGCGACGAGCAAACAGCAGUCAUGGCGUCCUCGUACUAUCAAGAGAUGCAGGAUAUUUUUAAGAACAACAAUAAAAGCAGAGAGUUCCCGGCACACAGUGCUAAAGUGCAUUCCGUGGCCUGGAGCUGUGAUGGCAAACGACUGGCAUCCGGCUCGUUUGAUAAAACCGCGAGCGUGUUUGUCCUGGAAAAAGAUCGACUGGUGAAGGAAAACAACUACAGAGGUCAUGGAGACAGUGUGGAUCAGCUGUGCUGGCAUCCCACCAGCCCUGAUCUGUUUGUCACUGCAUCAGGAGACAAGACCAUCCGCAUCUGGGACGUGCGGACCACCAAGUGCAUGGCCACAGUGAGCACGAAAGGGGAGAAUAUCAACAUCUGUUGGAGUCCUGAUGGUCAGACCAUUGCUGUGGGAAACAAGGAUGAUGUUGUAACUUUCAUUGACGCCAAGACGCACCGUGCACGUGCUGAAGAGCAGUUCAAGUUUGAGGUCAAUGAGAUAUCCUGGAAUAAUGAUAACGACAUGUUUUUCUUGACAAACGGCAAUGGAUGCAUCAACAUAUUGAGUUACCCUGAACUCAAGCUCAUUCAGUCAAUCAAUGCCCAUCCAUCCAACUGUAUCUGCAUUAAGUUUGAUCCCACUGGGAAGUAUUUUGCCACGGGAAGUGCAGAUGCUCUGGUCAGUCUGUGGGAUGUGGAGGAGCUGGUGUGUGUCCGCUGCUUUUCAAGACUAGACUGGCCUGUGCGAACUCUUAGUUUCAGUCAUGAUGGUAAAAUGUUGGCAUCUGCCUCUGAGGAUCAUUUUAUUGACAUCGCUGAAGUCGAGACGGGUGAGAAGCUCUGGGAGAUUCAGUGCGAGUCUCCAACCUUCACUGUAGCGUGGCAUCCAAAGAGACCGCUGCUGGCGUAUGCCUGUGAUGAUAAAGAGGGCAAAUAUGACAGCAACAGAGAGGCAGGAACUGUCAAACUCUUUGGGCUUCCUAAUGACUCCUGAGGACCAGUAUUAUAAUGAUGUGUUUCACCCGUUUUCACCUGUUCUGUGCCUCAUUCUGCGGUUAAAUGGAUAGUUUGACUAUACUACGAGGAUAGUUUACGAAUAGAUUUCUCAAUAAAUAUAAACUCAGUAUUGUAAAUAGCUGAAGUGUAUUUUGAUCAACAGAUAAAGACAUCAAAAGUGCAGCUACCCUGCAGACGUAAACAAUGAAUAGUUGGAUGAUCCAACACAGAUGACAUUGCUAUGUAUAUGAUUGACCAUUUAUAGAUGUAAAAUAUGUGGAUCGGGGAUUCUUUGGGUCUCCUUUCAGAAAAUACCAGCAGAGGGCAGCAGAGGAUUUCUUAAAUGAGCGAAGCUUAAGCAUGUGUUUAUACUGUUUUUUUUUAAAAAAAUGCAUUGUUUUGUACUGUAUUUUAUUAAAUGGAAACUGUUUAAUAAUUUAAAA